GUUUUUAAUAUUCACCUGGAAGUGCAUGAAAGAGUUGCUUCCUGUCCUCGUUUGAGGUGAAUCUAUCAAAAUAAUCAAAAUCAUGUCCGCUAACAGGAGGAUAACGCUCAUAUUUGGAGGCUUCGUCGCAGCAGUAGCGGUGGCUUUUUAUCCGAUAUUUUUCCAUCCUCUCACUCACACUGAAGACUACAAACAGAUCCAGAAGGUAAAUCGAGCCGGAAUCAAUCAAGCAGAUGUGCAGCCUGCUGGUGUGAAGAUCUGGUCUGAUCCCUUCAAGCCAAAAUCAUGAUUCCAGUGUGCGGAUGAAAAUUGAGUGAAUAAACACCAGGACUGAUGCGCCACAAACUGAGAAUGUGCUACCAAGCAUCAAAUGAGACUUUUAGGAUGUAUGAAUCUUAUGUGUGUGUAUAUUUUCUGUGGGAAUAUGAUUGAAACUAGAAAGAACGAAUUACUAAAAAUAAAAUAAAAAUGGAAACUUUGUUGCUUUGUUAGUCAGCACUUCAAAAUAUUAUGUUUAUGAAUCAUUUUGAAUAGUUGUGUUAAUUUGUGCUGGUGUAUUAAUGGAGUAACAUUCUUCUAUUUGUAUUCUGAUUCUGAAUAAAAAUAUACAUCUUGAA